AAAGUUUCAAUUCAUCCAAUAUAUUUUUUUCUGAUGUUCUAAAAUUCAGUGUGGUGUUGACACUCAAUGCUUGAACGGCCUUGUUUUGGUGUAAAUUUCGUUGUAAGUCCCCACCCGCUCUAAAAGGGGGGGCUCACACAGCAAUUGUUUGGUCCAGACACAGAUCAUCGAAGUGACACCAGUAAUGAUUAAAAACUAUGUUCAAAAUGAGCUCCUUUGUAGCAACUGUGACUUUGUUUGGUCUUUUACUCUAUAUCCCCUUGCUUGCAUAUUACAGGCUGUAUUUACAUCCCAUCGCCAAGUUCCCCGGCCCAAAAUUGGCUGCAUUCACUCGCUAUUAUGAGGCCUACUACGAUGUCUUCCGCGGUGGCCAAUAUACCUUCAAAAUUGCUGAGAUGCACCGGAAAUAUGGCCCGAUCAUCCGGAUAAGUCCUCAUGAACUUCACAUCAGCGACCCUGCCUUCUAUAAACAGCUUUACAGCCAUAACGCACGAUGGGACAAAUAUGAUUGGGCGGUGGAAGCAUUUGGGGCGCCGACAGCUACGCUCCAUACCGUUGACUUCUAUCAACACAAGCGUCGUCGCGCUGCACUGAACCCUUUCUUCUCCAAGGCAAACGUCAUUCACAAGUAUCACGUUAUUGAAACAAUGGUGAAUAAAUUCUGCCACCGCCUACGUACACAGCCGAAGGGAACGGUGAUCAACCUUGGCAAUGCCAUUAGUGCUCUGACAAGAGAUAUUGCUACUGAAAUAUUAAUCGGUGGGAGCUUCAACCACUUGGACGUUGAGGACUUCCACGCAGACCUAGCUACAUUGCAGCAGAACGCAGGGGAAGUAUGGCGCACGACUAAGCAUAUCCGGUGGUUUGGGUUGCUUACGCAGUCCAUUCCUAGGAGUAUCAUUGACAAAUUUGGGGAUAAGGGUCUCAAGAACUUCCUCUCCUAUCUCGACGCAAUGGCCAAUAUCACUGCCAACAUUUUAUCGCAGACCGAAUCAGUCGAUGCUAAUAUCCCCCUGGUAAAGGGGGACACCGCUCAUACGAUCGUCCAUCAGAUCUUGGCAUCUGACCUUCCGCCAUCUGAAAAGACACUGGAUCACCUUGCACACGAAGUUAUAACACUCACCAGUGCGGGCAUGGAGACGACCGCUUAUUCUCUGCGCGUCACUAUAUAUCACCUAUUCAAGAACCCCAACAUACUCGGUCGGUUGCGAGAAGAACUCGCUUCCUCUAAUAUAGAGUUAUCUGAUGCAGAGAUCGGUAGCACCGGCCUUGCCGCCCUCGAGGCAUUGCCAUACUUGAAUGCCGUGUUGAUGGAGGGCCUAAGACUCGGUACGGUUGUCGCAUCGCGCCUCCAGCGAGUCGCACCCGAUCGCGACCUGCAAUACGGACAAUGGCGAAUCCCUGCUGGCACGCCCGUGGGCAUGACCCCUCUUCUCAUGCACCAGGACGAGACUUUGUUUCCGGAGCCGAAGGUGUUUCGGCCGGAGAGGUGGCUGAAUGGUGAUGGCGACCUAGUGAGAAUAGACCAAGGGUUUGAACCGUUCAGCAGAGGCACGAGGAUUUGUCUCGGGAUGCAUCUUGCAUGGGCUGAGCUGUACACAGUUAUCGCGAAGCUGCUAUGGUGCUUUGAUUUGAGCCUGGAUGAUGUUGGCCCCCUUGACGUUGAAGCUGCGAGUGAUAAAUUUGUCACGGCGACUGCUCGACAAAACGGAUUCAAGGCGUUGGUGAACCCUAGAAUAUGAGUAUUUUACAUACAGGACACAUGUAUAUCACCGACAGAGUCGCACUCAACUCUACAGCCUUAGAAGC